AUGGUGAAUUUUGAAGUGAGACCAGACGAUAUAUGGAUAUGUACUUAUGCUAAAUCAGGCACAAGCUGGAUAACUGAGAUAGUUUGGAAUAUACUCUCGUGCAGUGGCGUCUUUACGGGAGAGGAACCAUUGGACAAAGCAAUCUAUCCUGAAUUUCACAUCCCAGGUCAAAGACCAGGCUAUGAAAUUCUUAAUGAAAUGGCUUCACCACGACUCAUUGUGACCCAUCUAACUCCUACAUUUCUACCACCACAGCUCUUUGAAGUGCGGCCAAAGGCUAUUACGUUCAUUCAAACUAAACUAUUAACAGGAUCUAGAGCCAGAACUAUGUUUUACAAGCAUUCUAUAUCAGUUGAAGAUGCUGAGGAGUACAAUUAUUUAUCCAACCUGUCAGAGAUUCAGAAUUUGUGUUUAUUUUUAUGA